UGCCGAUUUCCGGAUCAACCAGGACCAUGCAGGACGACGCGCAGGCCAACAAGGACAAGGACCGCGUCCGCCGCCACCACUGGAUCCCCAAGUACGAGGUCGAGUUCGGCCUCCAGAUCGUCGAGCGCCAUCCGCACACGGGCGAGGUCAUCUUGGCCGUCUGCGGCCUCUGCAAGGCGUUUGGCCGCGAGGUGCGCGAGAAGGACGAGGAGCCCUUGUCGCCGACGAGCAGCAACCAGCGCAAGCGCCGCCGUGGCCUGACGACGACCAAGUACUUUCGCUCGUUCCGCGUCGACAACAUUCGUAGCCACCUGAGCGGCGCGCACCCAGUGCGCUGGCACGAGUACCAAGUGCUCGCAAAGAACGAAGAGCUGCGCCGGAGCUUCCUCGCCCAGACGCCGAGCAUGGGCUCGCUGAACCUCAUGUCGUCGCUGCCGAUGACAAUGAUGGGCAUGGCCACGGGCAUGGACGAAACAAGCGACUUGGAUGGCACCGACCCGUCCGUGCUCUCGAUGGGCGCCGUGACGCCGUCGGCGCGGACGCCGCCGCCCAGCGCCAAGCGCCCGAGCCCCGCGCCUGUGAACGUGGCCAACAUCAUGCUCAACAACCCGCACGGGAAGCGCCCGCCGCCGCUCGACCCCAAGACGAUCGAGCUCCAAAAGUACCAGCUCGAUUGGGAGCGCCUCGAGUUUGAGCGCAUGCGCUUCCAGAAGGAGUUGCAGAUGAAGGACCUCGAGGAGAAGCAGCUCGAGCGCAAGCUGCGCCACGAAAAGGAAAUGCGCGAGAAGGACCGCGAGCUCGAGCUCGAGAAGGCCAAGAUCGAGCAAGACAAGUUCAACAAACUCGUCGACAUUCUGCGCGCGACGCUCGGCAAUGCUGCGGCGACUGCGGCCGCGACCGCCAUUGUAUGAACCGAGGAGGAUCCUGCCAUCUUUUUAAUGUAGUACGAGCACCGUCCAUCUGCCUUUCCCGCUGACCGUCGUCGC